AUGAAGAAUGAGGGCACUUUGGUGCUGACUUUUUUCACAGGUUCACAGCAACAAUUUGUUCAUAUUCGCCGUGGUAAGACUAACCCGGGACGACAGGGCUGUAUAAGGAGAGGAGCUGUGGCUGCCGAGGAAUGUUCGAGGUAUCAUAUUGAAAAGGAGCUGGACAACUGUCUUGUGUCUUCAAUUAGCGAAACAGCGGACACGAAAAAAUACAGCAAAUGGAAGGAUUUUCGUGAAGACGGAAUCGUUCACAAGCGAUUAACCCAUGUUUCCAGGUGA